UAAUGACCCUCUGCAGCUCCCGUAGACAGUGUGGCUAUAUGCUUGUGAUUGGCUGCUAUUCAUUAUAUUGGAUAGGCUACGAGAGAACGUUGGCUGAACGCAACCUUCUCCAGCUGGCACAAUGAGUCUAAGGAAGCAGACACCCAGUGACUUUCUGAAGCAGAUCAUCGGUAGACCGGUGGUGGUCAAACUGAACUCCGGCGUGGAUUACAGAGGUGUCCUGGCCUGUUUGGACGGCUACAUGAACAUUGCUGUGGAGCAGACUGAGGAGUAUGUCAACGGGCAGCUGAAGAACAAAUACGGAGACGCCUUUCUGAGGGGAAACAACGUGUUGUACAUCAGUACCCAGAAGAGGAAGAUGUGAAGGAUAAACCCCUUUUUUUUCUCCUUUUUUUUUUUUUUUUUUUAACCUUUACUGUUAAAAUGGAUUUUUAAUUUUUGUUUGUAAUGCUCAUCCUGAGCUUCCAUGAAUACAGAACCUUUUUUUUGUAUAGGCUGAGUGGCUAAAUAAAUUGCGUUCAUCCCUCUGUACCGACAGAUAUUUUACUGCUUAGCUUGAGUGUCUCGUCCGCAAAUAACUGCGCAUACAUGUUAGAUCAGGGGUGUCACACUCCAGUCCUGGAGGACCGCAGUGUCUGCAGGUUUCUGUGGUUUCCUUUCAAUCAGUGGCCAAUUAAGGCUUUGAGAACAAGGUGUGUGAAUUCUUUAGCCAAUCAGAGAGUUAAAUGUAUUACUCAUCCUCAAACGACCUGAAAACCAGCAGGCACUGCAGCCCUCCAGGACUGGAUUAUGACACCUGUGAUUUGAAUUGACAUUUAAAAUGGUAUUUUGGAAUAAUAAAAGUCUUGUAUAACCCUAACCAAAAAAAGAAACGUGUAAGGCACAAGCGAAUUGGGGUACUUUAUUUUUUAAAGUGAACUAGAGACACUGCAGCCAAAUAAGCAAAGCAACACAAUCAAAAAUGCAUAUCAAAUGUU